CUGUUAUUGCCAUUCUAUCUAACCUAACCUCAAAAGUUUGUAAAAUUUAAUUGAAUAUAGUUUAUUUAAUCAAUUAUUGUACAAUAUUUUUUCUGUCGAACUGUUUAAUUAUUUUACAAAAUCAUAUAAAUUGUAUUUCCCAUAAGGUAAUUCAUAAUGGAUAUUGGUGAGCUUCUGUCUUACAAGCCUCCAAACACUCCAAAACGUCCCUUGCCAGAGGAAGAAGCCGAAGAGCCUGAUGAAACCGAGUAUGAGAGACAACGUAAAAUCAGAAAACUUCAGAAAGCAAGAGCAGCUGAAUUAGAAAGGCUUGAAUUGGAGCGUCAAAUAAGAUUAGAGAGAGAAAGAGAAGAAGCUGAGCGACAAGCAAAAGAAGAACAACAGGAUGCCAUUAUGAAGCUGGUGGAAAGUCAUGGAGAGGGAGAAGUACUAGACGAAGCCACUCUGAAGCGAAUGGUUCUUCAAUUUGAGAAGCGAGCUCUAAGGAACCAGGAGAUGAGAAUCAAGUUUCCAGACAUGCCUGAAAAGUUCAUGGAGGCAGAGAUAGAGUUGCAUGAAGCUCUGCAGGAGAUGCAUGCCGUUGCUACGGUGCCAGAUCUGUAUCCAAUCGUAGUUCAACUCAACGCUGUUCCGUCCAUGUUGGAACUGUUGUCUCACGAGAACACGGACAUUUCUGUCUCAAUUGUGGACCUGUUACAGGAAUUGACGGAUGUGGACAUUUUGCAUGAGAGCCAGGAAGGAGCGGAUGCAUUGAUUGAUGCUCUUCUGAACCAACAGAUCUGCGCUCUUCUGACUCAGAAUCUCGAGAGACUGGACGAGACCGUAAAAGAAGAAGCUGAGGGCGUCCAUAAUACUUUGGCGAUAUUCGAGAACAUCAUGGAGUUCCGGCCGGAGGUGGUGGUGGACGUGGCAAAACAAGGGUUAUUGACUUGGCUGCUGAAGAGACUCAGAGUGAAAGCUCCGUUUGAUGCCAACAAGUUGUACGUCAGCGAGAUUCUGUCCAUCUUGCUGCAAAACUCACCAGAGAACAAGACAUUGCUGGGGACAUUGGAUGGCAUUGACGUUCUGCUACAACAGCUUGCGUUUUACAAGCGACACGACCCGCAGACAACGGAAGAGGCUGAGAUGAUGGAGAACUUGUUUGACUGUCUUUGUUCCUCUCUCAUGAUCACUGCCAACAAGGAUAAGUUCCUGCGAGGUGAAGGACUGCAGCUCAUGAAUCUCAUGUUGAGGGAGAAAAAGCUGAGCCGCAACGGGUCCCUGAAGGUUUUGAACCACGCAAUGUCUGGGCCAGAUGGAAAAGACAACUGUAACAAGUUUGUAGACAUCCUCGGACUAAGGACCAUCUUCCCUCUCUUCAUGAAAACACCAAAGAAAAACAGGAAGAGAGUUCUGACCACUGAAGAACACGAGGAACAUGUUGUAUCAAUCAUCGCCAGCAUGUUGCACAACUGCAGAGGCCAACAAAGACAACGGCUGCUCAGCAAGUUUACAGAGAACGAUCACGAGAAGGUCGACCGUCUGCUGGAGUUGCACUUCAAAUAUCUGGACAAAGUAGAGGAGGUAGACGCCACACUGGACAGUCAGCGGAAGGGUAACGACGAGGAGAAUGAAGAUGAGAACUAUUUGAAGCGCCUGGAAGGUGGAUUGUUUACUCUACAGUUGAUAGACUACAUAGUACUGGAAGUGUGCACAUCGGGCAUCACUAGUAUAAAGCAGCGAGUUGUACAGAUAAUCAACUUGAGAGGCGGCUCACUGAAGACUAUACGUCACGUAAUGAGAGAGUAUGCAGGAAACCUGGGCGACGCAGGGGAUUCAGAAUGGAAGGAGAUGGAACAGCAGCACAUUCUUCAGUUGGUGGACAAGUUUUAAUCCAUCAGCUCUCUAGGUUCUAGAUGUAUUUGUGCGUGUUUUUUACAUAAACCAAUCGCUGAGCUGUUGCUGCAGUGGUUGAAAUCUUCCCAUGUAUAUAUUUGUAACACAUUGUAUACUUCUAAUAAAGUGUAUUUAUUAGAAUUA